CGACUAUGUCCAAAGCAAGGAUUUAAGGGACUACCUCAUGAGUAGGCACUUCUGGGGCCCAGUAGCCAACUGGGGUCUUCCCAUUGCUGCCAUCAAUGACAUGAAAAAGUCUCCAGAGAUUAUCAGUGGGUGGAUGACAUUUGCCCUCUGUUGCUAUUCUUUGACAUUCCUGAGAUUUGCCUACAAGGUCCAGCCUCGGAACUGGCUUCUGCUUGCAUGCCAGGAAACAAAUGAAGUAGCCCAGCUCAUCCAGGGAGGGCGGCUUAUCAAACAUGAGAUGAGUAAAAAGGCAUCUGCAUAACAAUGGAAAAUGAAGAGCAAGCUCUUGAAGGGACAGCAUUGCCAGCUGCUGCUGAGUCACAGAUUUCAUUAUAAGCAGCCUCACUAAGGAAAAUACGCUGAAUGCUAUUUUUACCAGCCAUUCGAUUUUUAUAGAAAUAGCUGAGUCUCUAACUCUCUGCUGCCUUACAAGUACUAAAUAUUUUACUUCUUUCCAUAAAGAGUAGCUCAAAAUAUGCAAUUUAAUAAUUUCUGAUGAUGGUUCCAUCUGCAGUCACAUGUAUAUUAUCUAUUAGAAAUCACUUAAUGAAAAACUGAAGAGAACAAAAUGUUUAACUACUAGUACUUAAGUCCUCCGACUUGACAUCGUCUUUAAUGACCACAAGACAACCACCAGCUGGCCACAUGCCUAAAAUCUUGUCCCCACUGUUUAAAAAUGUUAUCGGUGUGUUUCCAUGCAGUGUGUAUAUUGAGAUGCUGUAACUUAAUGGCAAUAAAAUAUUUAAAUAUUUGUUAAA